AUGGAGCCUUCUGAACGGCCUCCUGCGACCGACCCCGUCGUUGUCGUUGGCGCAUGCCACUUGCCGAAAUCAGUGGUCAUGCCGCUGAAGCGACCGGGGGUUGCCCCCAACAUCGACACAGCCGCUGCAUCGCUCAGCAAGCUCAACCUAGACUCGGCCGCCUCGAAUGCUGCCGCUGCAGACAAGCUGUCGACCAUUCAAAGACUCGACUCCGGCUCAGACUCCGGGACUAAGCCUUCCAGUCUUGACGGCAAAAGCAUCAUAUCAGGAACUACGUUUGCGUUGGAUGAAAAAGAGUCGCUACGUCCAGAUGAUAGCGCGAGUGUACAAGCCGCCGCCGAGGACGACGAUGCCGCCUCUCUCCUUGCCGGGUCUCGUUUGGGCUCAGAAGCAGCCGCUAUAGCCAGAGCUCGGCCCGCCAUUGCCAUGGGAAGCAACACUACCGGCAUUCUUACACCACAGAGUACAUCCUCUGAGCCACCAGCUGAGAAUGGCGACGCUGGGACAUCGGAUGCGCUUCAUGUCAUCUAUCGCAAAGCGCCCGACGAGAAGCUCAUUUUUGCGCUGAACUCAGCGAGGGAUCGCCUUUUUUUGCUGCUGCUCGAGAAAGAUGUCAUUGACUUUGUCCAGAACUCCAAGGAGCCCUACAUGGAUAUACCACCAUCCAACUCCUUUUGUAGAAUGUUAACCCACAAACUGGCAGACUACUAUCACAUGACGCAUUCUUAUGAACAUCACAUCGGAUCUGUCCGCAUAUUCCGGACACCCUUCUGCCGUGUCCCGGAGUCGCUAGCAUCGAUGGUACCGCAGCCGGCAGCAUCUACCGGCAGCACGCCGCCGCCUGCCGUCUUGCCGCGAAAGAUCAUGCGACGUGGACAAGACGGUGAUAGUGCUGCAGCCAGUGCCAGUCCCUCUAAGCCUGCUUCUGAAGCAGGGAGCGACGCCAAGGAUAAGCAGCCCGCCAACCAAAAAUUGUCGCGAGAGCAACGCGAAGAAAAUUAUAAAAUUACUAGACUACGGAUCUUUGGACCGGAGGAUAAGGAUAAGGAAAACACUGCAGAGAAUGACGCAGACACUGGCAUGUCAAGAACCAGCUCUGCCUCUGCUAAUAGAUCAAAUUUGGGGAAGCGUGGGAAGCAAGCCAAACAACGCCGCGACUCCGACGGCUUCGACUCACGCAACCAGUAUCAUGCUUACUGGGGCCCUCAGCAACAGACAUGGGUGCCCCAAUCGCAGGCGCAAUACGGACCGCCUGGCGUGCAGUAUAAUGCUGGUCCGUCCAACUACCAAGCCCCGCCGAGUUAUGUGCAGCAAGGGCCGAUGUAUGGUCCGGUACCUGCUAUGCCACCGAACCCCGGAUACCCCACGUAUCCUGCGGGACAGUAUCACUCUUCCGGAAGCCCUGUAGUGUAUGCACAACAGCCUCAAAUGGUUACAAAUACACCGCCACUUGGUUGGCAGCAGCCGUACACUGCGUCUGGACCUUACCCGCCGCAAGGCCCUCCUCCACCUGGACCACCGCAGGCUCCAAACCAAAGCCCUGUUCCAAACCCUGGGCCUGGUGGAAUUCCUUACGCCUUCGGGCAAUUGCCUGCUAAUGCCAAUCCGCAUGACCCCAAAAGCCAGCAUCCCAUUCCAGGCAGCUACAACCGAAACCACUCCUUUAACCCCAAGACACAAUCGUUCAAUCCCGGAGCGCCUCUGGGCCCUGCUCAAAUGGGCCCCGUUCACCCGCCACAGCCGCCCUUCACUGCACCCGGGUCGCAUCACAGCAGUCCUCAAAUAAGCGCACCGCCUCAUCUGGCUUACGCGGGCUAUCAGUCCCCGAUGCCUCCCCCAUAUGGUGGUGCGUACGGCAUGGUCAGGCAAGGCUCCAACAACUCGAUCCCAUCCUACCAUGGUCCUCCGCACGGGACGCCUCCGCAUGUGGCGAUGCAAACCCCGCAACACAUGCCUCAACCACCGCCGAUGGUUGUGAAUGGCAGGCCACCUCCACACGGACCGGCACCCAAUGGUCAGAUGUAUAGCCAUCUCCCCACGUACGGUAACCCCGCUACGCUGCCCCAAAAGCCGGCUACGGGAAUGUGA